AUAUUGAUUCUCCCGAAUUCGAAAUUACUAGAGUUGCUGCAGUAUUCUGGGAAAAGUAUAUUAGAGCCUAGUACUUAAGAAAGGUUCAGAUUAAAUAUUCGAGUGGAAGAUCUAAGAGAAAUAAUACGUGAUUAGAAGGACGACCAAUUUCUUAAAAUAACUUGUUAUAUUGUUGUAGUGUAUAGAAUCGAUUGUCCCACAUUACAAAAACAUCUUGCUGUGGAAGGACAAAGUAUUUAGAAAUGGGUAGAAUGAGCAUCCGCUUGAUAUUGGUUUUAGUAGCAUUCGUUUACGCAAACGCUAGCAAUAACCGAGUAUGUGGAGAAAAAAAAAUCCCUGAUUCAUUCAUUAAUGAAUUUAAAGAAGCUCGUGGGGCGAUUAUACAGAACUGGCCUUGGACGGCUGCUCUCUUCACUCGCGUGAAAGAUAAUCCCAGUCGGUAUAUAUGUGGUGCAACGUUAAUUACUUCUCGUCAUCUCCUUACUGCUGCUGUAUGUGUGGAUAGGGGAACGCCGACGAAUUUUACGGUACUACUUGGACAAGAUAAUAUAAAACUUCAUGGUUCGAAAAGGCAGGAACUCGCUGUUGAGUCGUUUAAAAUACAUGAGCAUCACAAACAUGGAUCAUUUGAGAAUGAUUUAGCCAUCCUGAAGCUAGAAAGACCAGUUGAGUAUUCUGAGAGUAUCAGUCCAGUCUGCCUACCCUACAACCUUUUAAAGAGGAACAUUGGAGCUAAGACAGCCUUUGUAACAGGAUGGGGUCAAACGACACUAGAGGGAGAAACUAGCGAAAAUAUGUUGGUCCUUCAAGUACCCAUCUGGAAUCAAAAGGAUUGUCAAGACAAAUAUGAAAGAUUAGCUGUGACUAUUAACAAAACAAUGCUUUGUGCUGGUCGUCCUGAAGGAGGAACUGAUGCUUGUGCCAAAGACUGUUGCAGCAUUUGUUCGUGCCUCCGAUACGACGGUUUUUCAGGUAGCCCAUUAGUACUUCUUGAGGAAGAUAAAUUUAGUGUAGUUGGCUUAUUGUCCUUCGGGUAUAGCUGUGGAAAACAGAUCCCUACUGUGUACACAAGAAUCACUGAGUACCUCGACUGGAUUGAAAUCAAUCAACAAUGAAGAAUGUUUCUUCACUCUUUCUGUGUUGCAUGAGGAUGUGGCAACAUGAUUUUAUAUAAUGAUUUUUAGAAUGUUUCUGUUGUUUUUCAGCAACAUUUUCAAGAUGGAGAUAAAUUAAUCCUCUUUUAUUUUAAGUGUUUAAGCUUUGAGCUCCGGUUUAGGAAAGAAAUGUAAAGCAAUUUAAUGUUGCACAUUUUCAAAAGACAGCAUUUUGUAUUUUUGUCUUUAAUCAGAGAGAUCAGGCAUGAUUACUAAAACGUGGUUAUGACCUUAAUAAAUUCAAAUGGAUUGCAAUGAUAAA